GCUGCACUCCUGCACCCCGCCCUGGCCAGCACCAUGCCUGCCUGCCGCCUGGGUCUGCUGGUCGCCUCCCUCCUCCUUGGCCUGCUGCUGGGCCUCCCCCCAGUCACAGGCACAGGAGCAGAGAAAAGCGGCGUGUGCCCCGCGGUGGAGGUGGACAUGAACUGUACGCAGGAGUGCCUCUCGGAUGCGGACUGCGCCGACAACCUCAAGUGCUGCAAGGCCGGCUGCGUCACCAUCUGCCAGAUGCCCAAUGAAAAGGAGGGCUCCUGCCCUCAGGUGGACAUCGCCUUUCCCCAGCUCGGCCUCUGCCUGGACCAGUGCCAGGUGGACAGCCAGUGUCCCGGCCAGUUGAAAUGCUGCCGCAAUGGUUGCGGGAAGGUGUCCUGCGUCACACCUGUCUUCUGAGCUCCAGCCGCCACAGCCCGAGGCAUGGGGGAGUGGGAGAUCCUGCCUGGCCCUGUCUCUCUGGCUCCAGCCAGCCCUCCUCUCUUUCUGGCCUCUGCGCUUGCUCCUGAGCUGACAGCAACUGCUUCUUUUACCAACCAAUAAA